GACUCAAGGAGAAACUGGAGCAGCAGUACGCUCAGAGCUAUAAGCAGAUCGCCAUGCUGGAGGACGACCUGGUCCAAACACGUGGCAUCAAGGAGCAGCUGCACAAAUAUGUCAGGGAGCUGGAGCAGGCCAACGACGACCUGGAGAGAGCUAAGAGGGCCACCAUCACAUCCCUGGAGGACUUUGAGCAGAGGCUAAACCAGGCGAUUGAGAGGAACGCCUUCCUGGAGAGCGAACUGGACGAGAAGGAGUCUUUGCUGGUGUCUGUGCAGAGGCUGAAAGAUGAAGCUAGAGGUAAACUUCAUUUCAUUUCACAGCAUUGCCAUUAAAGGAAUAUAGCUGACAUUCCCCAUUUUUUAAUUUGACAUGAAGCAGAGAUUUUGACUGACAUUUCUUCACUAUUAUGGCGUGAAACGGCUUAUUGAAUGAGGCAGAGAAAUGUAUGGCACGACUUCAAUUUGUCCAUUGGGAAUUGAUUGCGGUGUAGAAGUGGCCACUUCAAAC